UCUGUUUAAACGAAAAUUUGUCGCAGUCAUGUAAUUGUGUGGGUCGAAUAAAAAAAAAAAUUUAUCCCAUAAGUAAUAAUUAAUGAUAAUAAAAAUUAUUCUCGUAAGAUUAAAAAUCAUUUUUCUUUGUCAACUCAUUGUAAUCAUAAUUCGCGCUAUCUUUUCGUCAGAUGGCGCAGUAGAUCAUCAUUAGAUUUAUUCCGUUCUUACAUCGAUUCAGUUCUCUUGUAGAUCAUUUUUAGUUAAGAAGAUUUUCCUAAAUAAAAUCGUUUCGCUCUUUGUGUACAAAUGACAGAUAAUUAAAAAAAGUGACAAUUUCUUAAAAUAAAACUAAAGGAUCACGUAAUCGAAGAUAAGAUAGUUUUUAAUUGGUGAGAUAACGGAUAUGUAAAAAAAGUUGCAUUUAUAUUUGUAACUUAUAUAGAAUGACAGACUCAAAAGUUUACGUUUGUCAAUUAUCUCAAAAGGAAAGGGAUUAUGCAGCGGCAAAUUUAAACGAGACAGAUGACAAUAGAUCGCAGAAGAUCGAAGAAAUACGCGAAUGGAUUUUAAAAAAUGACAAUCUACACGCUUGUACUGACGACUUCUUCAUUUUACGUUUUUUAAGAGCUUGCAAAUUUAAUAUUGAAACAACGAAAUAUAAGUUUUGGAAUUAUCACGAACAAAGAGGUAACAGUCCAGAAUGGUACGCAAAUAAAGAUCCAUUUCUGGUAGAAUUACAGGAUAUGUUUGAAUUAGGAGUAUUUUUGCCAAUGAGGAAAUUAGACAAUGAAGGGAGAAUGGUGGUUUUAAUUCGAAUCGCCGCCCAUGAUCCUAAUAAACACAAGCAAGCGGAUAUGUUAAAGGCUUCUUUGAUGAUCUUGGAUCUCGCAAUAAGAGAAAACGAAUCCGCUUCGUUGCAUGGUAUAAUAGCUAUUUUGGAUUUAGCGGGUAUCUCUCUUGGUCAUGCGAUUCAAUUUUCACCAAGUGUUAUUAAAAAGUUGGUUCAUGCUUGGCAAGGUUGUUAUCCUUUAAGAAUACAAGCAUUAGAGUUUAUAAAUUCACCGACUUAUGUCAAUGUUGUCUUAAACGUGUUCAAAAAUUUCAUGGUCGACAAACUUAAACGAAGAGUACACGUGCAUACACGCGGAAAGAAAACUUUUCUCGAUAUAGUUCAACGUGAUAUAUUACCAAUCGAGUAUGGUGGUACCGACGGAUCUAUAAACGAUUUAAAAGAUUACUGGAAAUGUCAAGUGGAAGAAAAUCGAGCGUGGUUCGCUAUGGAAGAAUGUUAUAAAGUUAAAAAUUAAAUAAUAUAUAAAUAUAUACAUAUGUAUAUUAAUGGUAAAGUCUAGGAAUUUUGCAUAUAAAUCUGGCAUUAUGAUCAUCUCGGAGACAUUGUAAAACAUAAUAUAGUUUUAACAUAUUAAUAUUUAAGAUAUAACAUAAGAGGAUGCUGAAGGACAAUAGGUGGAGUCAAAAGUUUUUAAAUAAUUUUAAAAAUCAAUUACUUUUUUUUCGCGUUUUUAGGCUAGUAGUUAGGAUUGUAAUUUUAUAAUUAGAAGAAAUAAAAAUUAAUUUGAAAAUUCUAAUUAAUUUUUCAAAUCACUUAAAAAUUGUUGACUCAACCUGUUACUCUAAUAUUUUUAUUUUUAUACGAAUUAUUCAGAUUAUUUAUAGAAGAGAUGUACAAUAUAAAAUAUUAUAAUAUUAAUAAUAUAAUAUUAUAUAAUAUUAUAUACAUAUGAUCUUUAAUAAGGUUAUUCAUCAACUUACGUUUGUAGUGUAUAGAUAAAUUUAUUGAAAAGUGUUUAUUAAUUGUACAAAUUUUUGUACAUUUAAAUAUUAAGUCGAUAUCUAUUAUGUAUGUAUCAUAGUUAUGAUAUACAUUCCAACGUAAGAAAUAUCGUGUAUCUAGGUCUCACUGGAUGGAAAGAUUGUUGCAUAUGGAGAUCCAUAGACCAAUGGUGACUUUAUUAUUUUCUAUUAUUACUGCUAUUAUUAUUUAAAAAUCAAAGCAAAGGGAAUAAAUAAAAUGUCUUAUAAAAAAGAAAAAAAAAAAAGGAAAAUACAUUAUUAACAGUUUUAUUCGCAUUUCUAUAUUUAAAAGCUACUGACGACCGAGCUACUGACGUAUCAGGCCACAAUAUACAAAUAACAAUAUGUAUUUCAAAUAUUCUAUUAUAUAUUGACAAUAUAAAAACUUUCACACAUAUA